CUAACGAGGAGCAGUUUAAAAAGCUUGACAGUGUGUUUCCGGGGGGAGUGAGCACGAGCAGUUGCGGCGUGCAAGAGGGUUGUCAACAAAUUACCGGGCUCAUAAUGGCUGACAGUGCUGCCUUUACACCCACCGUGAACAGCCAGUCUCCUGCUAAAGAGGAGCAGGGAGGAGGUGAAGGUGGAGGAGGCUCAGAAGGGGAUGUAAAAGGCGGAUUGACUGAUGCCCAAAGAGGCGUCUUGGAGAAGUGUGUGCAUGCGCUGAAGCACGCUAAAAACGACAGUCAAACGUUGGCUGCUCUUCUUCUGAUAAGUCGCUUGUGCCCAGCCAGUGAACUGGACAAACCCACGUUGAGGCGCAUCUUUGAGGCGGUGGGCCUCAAUCUUCCAGCUCGGCUUCUGGUCACAGCAGUCAGAGGGGACGAGAACUCUGGCUUACCCCCAGAUGAGCUCCUUUCGCUGGGCACUGCUUUGCUGGCUGCCCUGAGCACAGAGCCAGACAUGGCCUCCAGUCCCCAGCUCCUCACCACCAUCCCCCUCCUGCUGGGCAUCUUAGCAAAUGGUCCUGUAUUUAACCAGCAGAAACGGGAAGCCCGGGAGCAGCACCAAGUAGGGCAGAGUCCAGACGGUGAAGUCCAGUCAGCAAACAUUUCAAACCCAGACUAUAAUCCUGCCAGUGUGGCACAAUCUGCAGAAGAGACUGAGAGCAGCAGGAAAAAAGGCGAUGACGGCAGUGAAGCAAGCAGAGUGUCAAUGUCUCAGGAGAACCCUCCCUCUUCUAGCCUUGAUGCGGCCUUGGCUGCUGACUGCUACCUGGUUUUGACAGUUGUGUGUGCCUUACCCAGAGGCCCGGAGCAGCUCCUGAGCAGGGGUGCCAUCUCUGCUUUGUGCCAAGCGGUGGAACUGAACCAGACUCUGAGCCACGAGAAGGGGCUCACCUUGCUGGGCUCGCUCCUCUCUGGUAAAAACAAGGACAAAGCAUGGAGCAAACACACUCCAGAGCUCCUCUCGCUGCUGGUCAGACUCUCCAAAGACUUCUGCGAGUCCACAGACGAAACCAGGUUAGGCAUGUGUGGUCAGUUGGCGCAGUUUCUGCCCCCAGCAGGCGUGGCAGUGGAGAGUGAGGAGCUGAAGGCAGUCGUGGGCCGUUUAUGGGAGAUACUGAGACCUAUGGUGCAGGCUAAAUUGACACCGAGACAUAUCGGAUCAAUCCUGGUCCUCAGUGCUUGCCUGCUGGAUUUAUAUGGCUGGGAGAUGGCGGGACCUCCAAAGUUCUGUUGCUUACUGGUGAACCGGGCCUGCGUGGAGGUCAGAAUGGGUUUGGAAGAACUGCCUGGUAAUGAUUUGACCCCUGAGGUGCAACACACAAUAACAGGCUGUUACCGAAUCAUGGAGGCGGCCAUAGAGCAGGCCUGCAGUCCGGGAGUCCCGCAGGCUGCUGCACCUUCUCAGAGCUCAAUUGCUACCCUCAGUCUGCAGCAGAGCAGGCAGGUCCUCGGGGUCCUGGAGGAGGCCUUCUCUGGCUUGAUGUACUUCUUGCAGCAGGUGGAGCCGAGCCGCUAUGGCGACCCUUUCGUUUUCGCCACAUUCCGCUCUCUGUGCUCGUGGUUGGCUGAGGAGACUUCCUGUCUUAAGGAGGAAGUGACUAAACUCCUGCCAUUUCUGAUAAACUACACCCGAAGCCACCUGCAGGGUGGGAUCUUAGAGCAUAGCCUCGCUGACUGGAUGGUCAAGAUGUCUAUUGGUGAAGACAGGGGCGCGUGGACGGGCAGAGAGGCUCUCAGGUAUCUCCUCCCAGCUCUGUGCCACCUGUCAGCAGAGGAAGUUCCCAGGAAGGUGUUGCUCGAUGUCGACACCCCGGCCCUGCUGGUGGACUUCCUGUCUCAGAGCUGGACUUUCCUCAGGGGAAAAACCAGUGUCGCAUCCACAAGGGAUCCCAGCAUGGAGACAGCCUGCUCUGCUUUGCUCAACUUCACUGUUACAGAGCCAGAGAGAGUCAGAAAGGACUCGUGUUUCAGAAGCCUUGAGGUCCUUCUGAGUGAAGCACUCCCCCUCUUGGUGAAUAAGCCCCGCCUCCUGGUCCUAACAGCAAAUUGCUGCACUCUGGGACUCAUGAUUGGCAGAUUAAAGGAAGGAGGCUCAGUGGAAGCGGGCCAGCGGCGUUUCCUUUCUUCAGCUCUCCGGUUCCUUCGCAGCGCCCUGGACUCGAGCUCUAGUCCAGGUCCAGCGAAGGUGAGCCUGAGCUGGGAGGACAGUUGGGAUGACGCUGCAGAGCUCUGGAGGUUGAGUUUGCAGGCCCUGGGAGGCUGUGCCCGUGCCCAACCCUCAAUCACCACCCUGAUCAGAGAGGAGGGUUGGCUCAGACACAUGCUCGCCAUGCUUCAUCAGUGUAGCGCUCUGCCUGACCAGCUGACCCAGGAUGCGCUGCAGGAGGCUCUGUGUGCCCUGGCAGAGCGGUGCCCGGUGUGCAAACAAGAAAUCGGAGACAUGAUGACGAGAUCCAGCGAAGGAGCUUUGAGCAGUAUGAAGAAGCUGAAGAAGUCUGUGGGAGUGAAGUAAAACCAGCUGCUCUGGAGAAAUGGUGUACUCUCUAAUCGAGUACUUUUAACUUUUAGUGAAACCGCACAAUGAAACCAAUAAACCAGGGAAACUGCUGAAACCAAA